AUGGCUGGUGCUUUACCGAGGCGAAUCAUCAAAGAAACUCAACGGCUUAUGGCCGAUCCUGUGCCAGGAAUCUCUGCAAGUCCUGACGACAACAAUGCACGGUAUUUUCAUGUAAUGAUUGCUGGACCACAAGAUUCUCCAUUCGCUGGUGGUGUAUUCAAACUGGAGCUAUUUCUGCCUGAGGAAUAUCCUAUGGCCGCACCUAAGGUGCGAUUUAUGACAAAGAUUUACCACCCGAACAUUGAUAAGCUUGGAAGGAUCUGUCUUGAUAUAUUAAAAGACAAAUGGUCUCCGGCAUUGCAAAUUCGUACGGUUCUCUUGUCUAUUCAAGCACUUCUUUCAGCUCCGAAUCCUGAAGAUCCGCUAGCCACGGAUGUCGCUGAACAAUGGAAAACGAAUGAAACUGAAGCGAUUCGUACUGCGAAAGAAUGGACGCUGCAGUACGCUCGAGAAUAA